UUGGCCAGCUCAAGAAUAUUCCGUUUCUUUUACCAUGAAUUUCCCAGUAAAAUACAUAUAUAAAAAAUGGGGGUAGGGGUAGGGGUAGGACGACUCUUCAACCCUCCAAUGUAUAAAUUGGUUGUUUUCUGAAUUCAACCCCCUCGGCAACCCACAUUUCGCAUCUCCCUGUGCUAACCGCAGGGGUUGCUCUGAAAUUACGAUAGCCGAUUUUAAUUAAUACAUUAGGGACCCUUCUUCUUGUCUCCUUGUUCGGUGGAGGAAAUAUCAGGUACAUUAAUGGCAUCCAUCUCAAGGGACAAGAAGAAGGCUCCUCACGAUGAUCAAAAUAGCUUGGCCACGCCUCACAAAAGAAAACGAUCCGCCGCGCUCAACGUCAUCAAGGUGGCUCUUUACAUGUUGCGUCUCAAAUCAAGCAAAUCGAAAUUGGUUCAGGCUAAUAUGGUUCCCAAGGUUUCUUGGAAGAGGCUUCUAGGGUCAUUGCGUCCGAUGCAUAUACAAAGCAACCAAUCACCGCCCCCUACUAUCGAGGCCAAACCUGGGUUCAUGCUUGAGCCGAAAUUCAUACCCGUAAGUCAACGAACAGAGGAAGAUAUUGCGGCGGCUCCCUGGUCUCCAAUGGCUUCGUCCGAUUCAUCUUUCAUGAGCCAGUACGAGUCACCUUUGAAUCAAGAGAUUCAUGUUAUGGAACCUAGUGAAGAGGAAAGCUGGUUCGAUGAUGAUGGCGGCGACGAGAUGAUUGAUGCCAAAGCUGAAGAGUUCAUCGCUCAGUUUUACCAACAAAUAAGGCUUCAAAACUUUAUGAAUCAAUGAAAUCCUUCCCCCCCCCCCAAAAAAAAAAAAGAAUAUAUAUAUAUAUUGGUCAAUAACGUAUUGACGGCAUUCGAUUUGCAUGCAUGCACGUUGGGUUAUUGGGGUUAUGUUUUAUUAUUUAAUUUUUGGUAUUGGUUGCAAAGGGAAACAACACAGGCACAAGGUGUUUAGAUUGUAGUAAAAAAAGGGAGGGCUACCGUGUCUCGUGAUUUAAGUUUCAGUAUCGAAGCGGGAUGAGAUAAUUUUUCAUAGAUGGUAGGACGUUUUCGAUUCAAUUGGUGCACGAUAUCAGUAACAUCAUUCAGCUUACAAAUUUAUUAUAUUGCUUUGGUCCAGGUUUUCCGAUUGUGAGAUCACAUUGUCUGAAAUUUCAUUUUUUUUUCGUAUUCACAUUGUAAAAGCGUCUGAUAUUAUGAUAAUGCUAACUACUAGCACAAGAAAAAAUCUUCUUUUUUUAUCAUUAUUUUUCAUGUUGUUAAUUUCUUAACACUCUAGUUCACAGGAUUGUACUUGAACUAAAAUCAUGAAAUUAUGGCUGGUCCAGGGCCGAGUAAAUCGGGCUAAAUUAAACCAAGAGACUGAUGUCGCU